UGAGAACUGCACUUUAGUGGAAAGUAGGUGUGCAUUUAACAGCUUCAGGAUUUCAUUGCAGACUCACUGAGGGUCAUAUUUUGAAAAUACGUAUUAUGAAAUUGGAAUGAGAGUCACGUUUUAUCCUGGAUUCUUCGUCAACUUCCCAUCUGCCAAGCAGUACUUCAGCCAGUUCCAGCACAUGGAGGACCCCGAGGAGAUGGAGCGAAGCAGCCAACUUCGGCACCAUGCCCGCAGGGUGAUGAAUGCUAUCAAUACUGUGGUGGAGAACCUCCAUGACCCGGAGAAGGUAUCGUCAGUGCUGGCCCUGGUGGGAAAGGCUCAUGCUAUCAAACACAAGGUGGAACCCAUGUACUUCAAGAUCCUGAGUGGCGUGAUGCUAGAGGUGUUGUCUGAAGAUUUCCCAGAGUUCUUCCCAGCAGAGGUGCAGAUGGUGUGGACCAAACUGAUGGGAGCAGUGUACUGGCAUGUGACAGGGGCCUAUACAGAGGUGGGCUGGCUCCAGGUCUCCAGCUCAGCGGUGUGAAGCGUUUGGAAGAAGAGGGGUUCAGGAGUUUUCUGUGAGGAUGGUUUUUACAGAUAUGGAUAAGAUUAACGUGGUAAUUCGUGCAACUCUGUACUUUAUUUUGGUGCUGUGGUGUUUGUACAUCGCGCCAUCCAGAGAUCACUUGGACACCAAACAAUGUAGCCAGACAACAUUUUACUUUUCUCCUAAUGACAUUUUAGCUUUAUUGAAGAGGUGCUUUGGUCUGUGUGUUUAGCCACAGAGGCUAUCACUGCUAAUGCUAACUAUCCAGUUCUUCUACUGUUUUUUUCCACACAAACACAUCACUUCCUGUUUGGCAUGGGACUGUCCCCUUUACUGAGCUACCAAGUGUUUAGCCAAGAAUAUUAAUAAACUGGUAGAUUGAUUUACUGGUCUGUUACAUACAUUGACAACUGACCCUUUGCUAAGCCCUGUCUGACAUAGUUACUGCUGCUAGGCCUGUUAAGCUUUCCAAUCUAGCACGCUACAUAUGCAGUUUACAAUAAUAAUGGCGACAGAUUAACCUCUCAAACUUCUUAGUAGUCUUAGAAAUAAUGGUCCCUUGAUUUCAGACAAAGGUAGGCUUCUUAUUUCCAACUGAACGCUGUUAAUUUUGCCACCCGUAAUAACAACGGUUGCUAGCAGAUUUAAUCCACUAUCGCUACCUACAGUAGCCAAUUAAUGUUAGCUAGGUAAGUUAUUUGAUAAUGCUGUCUCAAACCAAUUUGUUUUAACAAAAACCCAGUAAAACAAUCAUAAACAUGCACUUGAAGACAAGCUACAUGAGCUGAUGCUAAAAGGCUAAAGCUACAUGUCCAAGUAAAGACAGUACUAGUUGAUGAUACAUGUAGAACUAAUGGAAACAAAGGACCAGUUUUGCGUGUAGUUAGUAUCAUCUAGUAUUAUGGUGCAAUAUGAUAAGUAAGAAUGUGAAAAGAGUUUAAGGGAAAUGAAAGAGCAUCAUAGUAUCCCUCUGGACUGGCUCCAACACUGUGGGGUAGGCUACCACUACACAGUGGAUGUGUCGGUCCUGAAAGGGGGUUAUUCAAAACCUCUAAACCUACAAAUUAAUGUAGUUAGUUAUUAAUAUCCUCCAGGGUCUUCUAAGUAAUGCUGGGUUAAGUUACUACCGUAUGUGGUGUGCUAGUUAGAACGACAUGCAAACAUUUGCUGCUCAGGUUAGUGCAGACUAACAAAUUAAUAAUAUACUGGUAUUGUAUUUUGAAUUUUGGAGAGGUGAUAAGAAAAAACACACACCACCCUUCAAACUCUUGAAUACCAUUUAUUGCUCUAGUCAGUCUCAUGUGGAGAAAUCCAAAGCUUGACAGGCCUGCUGUGCCUAGUUUCAGAUAAUCUAAUGUUAUGUUGGCUGUUCAGGGGACGGUUUGGUGAACGGUCAGCUGGGCAUGGCAGACACAGACAUUUAUUAUACAAAAACGUUGCGGAUUAUUACUUAACAGAGUUCAUUUCUGUGGAAACCUGCAGUGACAGAAGCAUCUUUCGGCUAAGCCGCACACAUGAAUACACCUCAUGAUAUUUUGAAAGAGAAAUUGAAAGAAAUGUUUAGACAAGAAAUGAUAUUUAAGCUCUGAGAGGGGGGCAGGUAGACGCCCCGGCAAUGGGACCAUGGAGCUACUGACUGUUAAUAGAUUCUCUUUGUGUCCUACUGCAGUAUAUCCUCAUGUUUAGGGGACCUGAGCCCCUUUCUCACUCUAUUGAUGCAUUGUGUGCUCUUAAUGUCUUGUUUAACUUUACACAGGUGUUGUUUGUAUAAGUGUACAGUGGGCAAGUGUGCAUACUCUUCUGCCUUUGUUUACAACUCAUUGACACGUUGAUCUGUUGACAUGUUAAAGAGGGCUGUUUAUUCUUUGCUAAAAGUCUUGGACUAGCAGCAGUGCUUUACAUUUUUAUUUGCCUAUCAUUACACAAACGCUUACAACAUUGUGAAAGUGAGAUGGAAAAUAUCAGCAGGUGGACACAAUCAGCAACCACACAUGUAUACAUUCACAUGCAUGCUAUAAGACCUCCCAUAUGCUAGUAUUUACAGCACUGUCAGUUUGUUUACUUCUUCAAAACCCCAUCAGCGAGACGUGCUGCGUUAAAGCUCCAUUAAGGGCUUUAUAGAGUCUUCUCUGGAGGUCUGCAGAAAACAUGUCAGCUUUAGAAGUGCCAUCAGGCUGUUUCUUUAGAUUUCUAACAUCUAAAGGAUACCCAAAUACAUACAAAUACAUGAAAUGCAGUUGUACUGCCUUUGCUCUAACACAAUGGAUGGAAUUUUUUUGUUUGACAAGGGGAUUGGUGGAUGCUUAACGUCAUUUUUUCCUCACAGUUUCUCUCUAAACUCAUGCAGACGUCAUCUUCAAUUAUCUGCACCUCCACAAACAUGCAGCAUACUGUCAAACAAACUUUCUUUAACUUACUUAACCUCAUCUUAUUUGGACUGCAUGCAGUCCCCAUCUGUGAGCCCCUUUCUAGUCAAUUUCCCAAACAUAUACGCAAAUCUGUUUAGGAUGGACAUUUGAUUCAAUCUUCAGUUUGCAUCUGCUCCUGUGACGUCCUGGUUCUCCCAUCUGACCCCCCUUGGCAUCGGCAUCUGGCAUUAAUGAGGAAGUAAUGAGUCUCCUCUCCUCCUCAUUUGGUCAUUCAUCUACUGUAACUUCCCACUGCCUCCGUUAGGGCCGUGUCACUGAGAUCAAAAACAAUUAUGAUUGGACAGAUGGUUAUAAACCUACCACACCGUGUCAGCCAGUCACAACAACGCUUUUUAAAAAUGUCUUUCAUACAUAUUUAGGAAAAUUUGUUUAGCACAGUUACAUUCAAGAAUAAAUACCUCAAAUAAAACAUG